GGGGACCGUCGUCAUGAGACUGCUCGCUAUCUUCUGCGCCCUGGUCUGCCCCGCGCUUGCCAGGGAAUACACCGAGUUGGAGCGAAGUCAGCUACCGCGUCUGUACCACCUGGACGACUACGAGCGGUGCGUGGGGCUCGGCGGGCUCUACUGCACCGGCACCUUCCGACUCUACCCAGAGAAGGACUCUAUGGCCUAUAAGUUUAUCAAGGAGUAUGCCUCCGACCCCCGUCACUUCGACCGCACACUCCUUCACCGGGGCUACUGCCUGUCGGCGCGCUGUCCUACCCACGAGGCCAACACCACGCUGCGCUUCGAGCGUUGCGUGGAACAGCACGCGCUGGUGCCCGGGCUGAGGGCCGCCAUGGUGACCCACUCGUGUUCCACCCGCGUGGAGGAGGUGGACACCCCACAGCGCAUCUUUUUGUACGUGGUGGUGUUGUUCGUGGCACUUAAUGUUUUGGGGACGAUGUAUGAUCUGGUUGGGGGGGAGAAAAAGAACAAGUUCAUAGUAGCAUGGUCGGUGCGCGCAAACUGGCGGCGGCUGGUGUCCACGUACGAGGACGGGGACCCGCGCCUCUCUGCGCUCGCGCCCAUACAGGGAGUCAGAGUGGUGCUUCUGGUGCUGGUGAUGAUGACGCACUCGGCGGAGAUCCAGCACAAGCUGUAUCAGUAUAACCCCAAUUAUUUAGAACAAAUCCUGAACCACCCAGUGACAAUGCUGAUCCGCAACGGCUCGGCCCUAGUGCAGGGCUUCGUAGUGAUCUCCAACUUUCUGUUCGCGUACAGUCUGCUGCUCAUCGCGCGGAACCGCCAGCUCGGCCUCGCGCAACUGCCCAUGUGCUUGCUGCACAGGUUCCUCAGACUAGCGCCAGUACAUCUAUUAGUAGUGGGAUUCGCGGCGACGUGGUGGCGGCGGGCCGGAGACGGUCCCCAGUGGCACUCCAUCGUGGGGGCCGAGAGUGAUGUCUGCAGGCGCAAGUUCUUCAGCCACGCCUUCUUCCUGCACAACCUGGUGAAUACUGAUGAGCAUUGCUUGCUGCAAACUUGGUUCAUUGCUGUUGACAUGCAACUGUACAUAGUGGCCUCCGUUCUGACUCUCUGGCUCAUGGAGAAGAAAAAACGAGCUGUUCCACUUCUGACGGCGCUGUUCUUUGGCUCCUGUUUAAUGAAUAUGUGCUUGGCGUACAUCAACGACUGGAAAUCAUUGCUGUAUAUUAUGUUACCCGAGAACGUCCGCACAACAUUCCGCGGCGUGCCGUCGUUCUCUCGCUUCUACGUGGCGCCGUGGGGCAGCCUGCCCGCCUGCUUCCUCGGCCUGCUGCUCGCGCACCUGCACUACCACAUGCAGGAGAACGGAUACAAGCUCGCUAAGAGCAAGAUCUUGUACCUAUGCAGCCACUCAGCAGUCCCUCUGCACGUGGCGUGCAUCAUGGCGGGUAACUACGUGCGCGCGCACACGGGGCGACUCGCCACCGCGCUGUACGCGGCCGUGGAGCGCCCGGCCUUCGCCCUGCUCAGCGCGGUCUAUGUCAUCGCGCUGGUUAACCAUGUUGACAAUAUAUACCGUCGGCUGCUGUCGCUGCGGCUGCUGCAGGCGCUGGGGCGGCUGUCGCUGGCCGUGCUGAUGCUGCACUGGUGCGUCAACAUGAUGCUGGUCGCCUCGCGCCGCACGCUCUCUGAAGUGUCCGUGGGGAACAUUGCCUCAGAUUUAAUUUCAACGAUUUGGUGGACAUAUGUGCUGGCGUUGCCUCUGACCCUCCUCGUCGAGUCGCCCAUACAGAAGACGUUCAGCGCAUUCAUAUCUUCAUAA